AAGGUACCCAAACAAACACUCCUAGUUCUUAAAUAUUCAAAGCAGUCGAAAUGAAACAAACAACGACAUCUGUAUUAAAAGACAUCACUAACAAAACCACUGGGCUCGGUAAAAGAAACGGUGUGUCAAGUCCAGAGCACCAGGAACCACCUCACAAAAAGAGAAACAGGGGUGUCAAGAAAUCUGAUGCUAAGGUAGAUAACUUUACUCCUGCAGGAGUCAUUGAAAAACAGCUAGAGCCUACAUUUGAUUUAUCGUUUGGUUCAGGGAAUGAUAAAAUCGACCUACACAAGAAUACAUCAUGUAAAAAAAACCCAGACCACAAGGACUUUAUUCCCCUGGAACAAUUUGGAGUCAGACAUUUACCGGAAGGAUACGGGAAUCAAGGCUUGCUUCGUCUGGUGGAAGCCUUGUCCAAGUUGAUUGUGUUAAUUAGAGUAGAUACCUGUAGUUCUUUAAGACCCAAGUUUUUCCCAGAUACUGAACAUAAAUAUUUACAUUUUGUAGGAACUACCACUGGUUCAGGUAAAAUCAGAUUUGCAGAGACAAAAACAGGCACUGUUUCUAGACAUUGUCUUUGCGAUUUAUGUUCAGAAUCCAAAACUCCAGAAACCAAUUGGGGUGAAAUAAAAAUUAUCACCGCUGCUCAUGUUGUUUUCAACAACGAAGAAGCGAAACAAACAACCUGCAGCUUUGAAAUAUUUGGAACAAAGGUGGUGACUAAAGGGGGAAGAGCUACAGUUGAUGUUAAAUCUGAUCGAUGCGAAUUGAUUUGCUACACACACGAUUUGAGUAUUAUAUCGAAACUCAUUAAAGCGAUUUUUUAUUUCACCGAGCUUCACAGUAAGAUAAACAAAAUGUAUAAGUCUUUGUCUGAAAAAAAUCUCGCUAUUCUGGUAUCCCACCCACACGGUUACCCCAAGUAUGUGACCGUGGGGAAGUGGAUUAAACGGCAAGUAAAACAACGCUGCAACAGAACGGCCUACACCAAGUACACGUACACAACCUGUACGUGUCCGGGUAGCUCAGGGGCGCCUGUUUACAUUUUGGGGAAAGAAAAAGUUUGGACGACACACCCUCACAGUGGUUCUUGUGAUGGCCACAACUUCAGUGGUUUUGAGUGGGAGAACUUUUAUCCUGGACAUUUGUCUCCAUCGGAUGUGACAGAGCAGGUCUCAGAGAAACACCUCGAGUAA